UCUCUCUCUCUCUCUCUCUCUCUCUCUCUCUCUCUCUCUCUCUCAGCCGGGCAAAUUUCUAUUGCUUCCUUAACCGUCACCGGCGGUGGUUACCCUCCGAUCACAUUCAAACCACGACUGCUCGAUACCAGUGCCCGUACGUUAGUUCCUCUCCGGCCACUUUAGCUUCUAGAGACUUGAAACUUUGAAGUAUCACUGUGAUGGGGAAAUGAGUGAUAAAUCAAAUGCUGUGAGAGCUAUUGCGAUACAAAGAUGUCAUGGAUGAAAGGUAAAUCAUCUGGUUGGACUGCGUUUGAUCUCAAGCAGAGACAGAAACAAGGUCUCGAAAUCGAGCUCGAUGAUGAUCCAUUCCCUCCUGUGUCAAGCAGUGUUCAUACUCCCUUGGAUGCAAGAGGAAAGCUGAGAAGAAAUCAUGAGCCUUCUGAAAAGUCUUUCUCGUCCGUGCUCUUACCUCCGUCGAAUAAGGACUGUGGAAAACAAGAAAGCAGUAGAGCUUGCCGGAGCAAACCGAAGACUUUGAUUCCGUCGGUAAACAGUCAUGACUCAGCCUUCAUGAAGCUGAAGGAAAUGAACAGUUGGGCAGAUGAUAACUUGAUCAGGGAUAUAUUGUUAUCCACAGAAGAUAAUUUUGAGAUGGCCUUAGAAUUUUUGAGAGGAAUGGUUUCUGCUGGAAAUUCAGAAGGCAAAGCUGAUGAUUCAGCUUCAAAGAUCGAUGGCUAUUCAUCUCAUAAUAGAAUAUCUGGGAGAACUGUUACAAGUUCGGUGAAGAUGUCUGCAAGGUCCACAUGUGAGAACGCUGGCAAGUAUGAGAGUGGUGGAAGUUCGUUUCUGGUGAAUGCAUCUGACACUGAAAAGUUCUCUGAUGAUAUUUCUGAACUAGAUAGCAUCAUUCAGCGGCUUCAGUCCAUUCCUAUAGAACCUGAAUGGGAAGAAGAUGAUCUCUACUUGAAUCAUCGGAAGGAUGCACUGAAAAUGAUGAGAUCAGCCUCAAACCAUUCAAGAGCUGCCCAAAAUGCUUUUCUGAGAUAUGAUCACGCUUCUGCUAAGCAGCAUUCAGAGAAAGCUAGAGAGGAUUGGUUAACAGCUGAGAAGCUGAAUGCUGAGGCAGCCAAGAAGAUAUUAGGUAUCACAAAUAGGAAUAACGACAUAUGGAAAUUGGACCUGCAUGGUCUCCACGCAGCAGAAGCUGUUCAAGUGUUACAAGAACGUUUGCAAAAGAUCGAAGGUCAGUUCACAGUGAACCGUUCAGUAUCACCAAAUAGAGGUAGGUCGAAAAAUGCAGCUCUGCGAUCUGCAUCACAAGAGCCUUGUGGUAGAUUAGAUGUGGAAGGCCUGGACCGUCAAAGAACUUCUUCUAGAGAACUACGAAACUCAUUGCAGGUUGUAACGGGUAUUGGUAAACACAGUCGCGGACAUGCUUCACUUCCUCUAGCUGUUAAGACAUUCUUUGAAGAUAACAUGUACAGAUUUGAUGAGACAAGACCAGGAGUAAUCACAGUGCGGCCUAAAUUCCGACACAGCUGAUUGAUUUCAAAAUUACCAAUACCUGUGUUACUUCAUUCAUUGUUGUUGUAUCAUAUCUCCUUAAAGCUUACUGUUAUUCUUUUCUUUGUAACAUAGUCCCCGUGGCUAAUUGUUUAGUGUAACAAACAGGUCAACAAUGUGAAUUGGAGUGUGAUCAAAUGUAACUCGAGCAAUUUCUUUAUAUAAACAAAGAUUGAUUUUUCCUCA